UGGCUUGUGUGUUGGUACAUUCAGCUCUGAAGGGCAGUAGCCCUUGUAUGCUUAGUCAGAAGAUGCAAGUGGGGGCGACAAUUGAGUGGUGAAUGACGAUGGCGACUUCGGGUGAUUUGCGGACAGAAGCAGUUGAGUGGUUUACAGCUGCCCAGGAGACUAGCGUGCGGUUCAGCCUUGCGGUGGCGAUGCCGUCGAUUUCGUGGCUUCGGAGUGUGAUGCAGGGUCUAUUGGAGAUAUCAUGGGGGUUGGAGGAGGGUCCGCCCCCCCAUCUGCAUGCGAUCUUGGAUAGACCACGACGGGACAGAUUGAUGCGGAGCCACUUUGAGGAGCUUGAGGAGGGGCAAGCUCUAUACGCCGUGUUGGAGGCCCGAUACUACGAUAACGAGGACGACAUCAGGGACGAUGCCGACAGCGACGCAAGUGCGACCGGCGGCCAUGCUAUCAACAAUCUCAAUGAAGCCAGCACCUAUAUUGUCGACGAUCAAAAUCACAAUACCAACAACCACAAUGAUGAUGACAAUAAUAAGAGUGCCGAUAAUGAUGGUGGCAAAGACUGCUUCGAAGGUGACGAUGCCGCUCUCCUUGAGGCUGUUGACGACAACAACAUUAACAUCAGUCUUGAUGACAACAACAACAACAACAAAAACACCACCGGUGAUGUCAGCGAUCUGUAUGAAGAUGAUAUCAAUGUGCUUAUCAAGAACAUCAAGGACGGCACCAUCAAUAACAAUAACGACGAUGACUCCAAUAACAACAAUAACAACUGCAAUUCGGCUGGAGACAAUACGCCGGGGAACCGCGACGACUGCAACAAUGGUGUUAGUAACAACAACAAAGCCGGCGACAACAAAAAUGCACAGAUAACAAUAGCGUCACUCACGGAGCGGGCGCAAAAAGCAAUAGCAACAACUGUACUGUGCAUGACGGUACUGUGCGUGACGGUGAAACGGGAGGAUGGAUUUUCAACUUGUGCGCGCCAGGAAACGACGAUGCUUGCCGGUGUUUUUUGGGGUUUGAUCAGGGGAAUGGGCGAGUGGGGUGUAUGAUUGGAAUGAUUGGCAAACGGGAAGACUGUGUGGGAACGCUGGAAGUUGGAUGGUGGCGCGUAGGGGUGGGAUAGUGAUGCUUGGAUAACCGGGUCGCAUAGGGUAGCAUGUGAGUGAUUGGUUCCAUCAUGCUCUGUUUUGGGUCACGUGGUAAUGGUCAUGUCUGGCUUAUCGAUUUGCCAUGUGGAUUUGGUAAACUAAUAUGGCAACCUAAUC